AUGAACAUGCUAACCUAAGGGGACGGCUGAUUGAGAAGACUAAAAGAAGCAGGGGCAGCCAGCCAGCUGAACCCCCGCCUCCUGCGCGCAACUCCCUAUAUUCAGAAGGGGAACUUUACCAGCCAAUAUUUCGGGAACCACAGCACCGAUUAUAGAGUCUAAAGAUAUAAAAAGAUACUUGCUGAUACUGAGUGAUCUUUGCUCAUCUGUGGCCUAGUUUUGGCUCUCAGCUUUAACUAAUGGGGAGUAGAUCUAUCGCUCAAAAUGAAUAACUAUUCAACUGCAUCACCAGCCAACGACAGAAAACAUCCAUCUUUUUAACCCAUCUCUGUCAUCAGGUGGAAAUAUUUACCCAAAAAGGAGCAGGAAAUAGCAUCUUACAGAAGAAGAGAUUGGAUCUUAAGAUUGUAGUUGUACCAUGGGGGUUUGGAGUAAACAUGAUAGCGGAGCACCAUCCAACAACGUAAACCAAGGAACAUCAACCGUAUGACACAAGAGUGACUAAUCUUUUUUAAAGCAUGGAAACGAUUUUGGAUCUUGAGGGUACUGCAAUUCUUUCUACAGCUUGCACAUUUUCUUUAACAUCGAUAAAUGUGAGAAAGGACUUUUUCCCACCUGGAAGGAAUGCACACAACACACAUUGUGAAAACUUUGACACUUUGUUAGGGCCAGAACCUAAUAUCACAGGUCCAAUAUCUACAAGAGAAAUCAACACAACACUUCCAGAGAUUGGCGGGUGGAUAACAGGGGGGAACAGUCCAACAACACCCGAGCUUGGCACAUGGACAACUAUCGGAGCCAACUCUACAGCCAAAGCUGACAACUGGUCACCAACAUUCACUGAGCUUGACCUCUACGAAGGCAACAUAUCACCCACUGAAACGGCUGACACUGAAGACGGAUAUCAAGAAAUGUGUCUGGCAUCAUUACAGCAAGAAACCUCCUACAGCAAGUCUCACAAUGUCCGAGUUAUCAAGCAUAAGCCAAGUGCUAUUACUUUCACUGAUCUACCUCUUGAUGUAAUUUGCGAUAGUGCCAGUUAUGACAAUGACACGCAAGAGGAUAAAGAAAGUGACGAUGACACUGAGGAAGAGGAUGAGAAUGAAGAUGUCUUUACAGAUCUGCCACGUUAUAAAUAUACUUUUACUGGUAUAAAAAGGAGGAGUUCCCAUCCAAGAAGUCCUCAAAAAACGUUCACUGACUCGAAGGAAAUUUUCCAAAUGUUCGACAAGAAAUAUCGGAACAACGGAAGUGACCUGGGUGAAGAAGAAAGAAAGACAUCCACGGACGCAGGAUCACCUUGGUCACAGUCCAUGACAUGCCUUAUGAUGAAGCUAGAGCAAUUAAAUGUAGACAUUGAUGGAGCCAUCAGUGCAAGUUCUAUUCCCCCAUGCUUCUCAUAUGAAGAGUCAGAAGAGCAGGUACCUCCUGAGACACUGAACUAUACAGUGGCUGAACUCGAGGCUAAAGAAGCAUGCGAGUGGUUACGGGCGGCUGGAUUUCCUCAAUAUGCUCAGCUUUAUGAAGAUUCUCAAUUUCCCAUCGAUAUUGCAUCAGUGAAGCGUGAUCAUGAUUUCCUCGAUAGAGACCAUGUAGAACCACUUUGCAGGCGGCUGAACACGUUGAACAAGUGCGCAUCCAUGAAACUCGAUGUCAGCCUCCAAAGGAAGAAGAGUGAAGAUUCAGAUGAAGAAGAUCAUUGCGCAAUCAGUGACAAAUGGACAUUCCAAAGAUUCAGUCGCCGAUGGUCUCGGGUGGAUGACAUUGACACACUGCUCGGAAGAUCAGAACGACUUGGGUCAUCCGGGGACAUGAAAAACACGACAAGUAGUGAAAGCGUGCUGACAGAUCUCAGUGAGCCUGAGAUAUGUUCUAUUCACAGUGGAAGUAGCGGUGGGAGUGACUGCAGGUGUGCUUCUGGGGAAACAUUUGAGUGCAAUGACACCAUGUGCGUGUCAGAUCCCAACUCGGUUAACUUUUUACCUCCAUAUUGGCCAAGAGAUAUCUCAGAUGGUAAAUUUUAUGCAAAGACUGAUAAAUCUUCACAUACAAAAGCAAAAACACUCCUAAAAUGCAUGGGUACUCUCCGGGGCAAAGGAGCCCAUGGGAAACUGAAAGGACCACCUAAAACUGGAGGUUUAAUCAUCAGUGAGCCAAUUCUGCAACUGGAGCCUGAAUCUGUCAAAUCAUUGAACUGUGUUCAGAUAGGUAAUGGACCAGUAAGUGACUCAGCUAUGGACUUUAAGGUAACUGGAAACUUGGACUCAAAAUUACAAAUGCAGACAAUUGAUGAAAGCACUUCAAGUAUGAAGGAUGCAGAGGCUUCUGAAUCAAACAAGCGUGCUGGCAUGUACCUAGAAGAUAUUGACCUCUUCACAAUGACCGGGAUACGGGCUAAACCUAGCCAAAAUCAUAAAAAUGAAUUUCAUUCCCAAGAGGAUCUGGUUGUUCAUAUUCCAAAGGACCACAAACCUGGAACAUUUCCAAAAGCAAUAUCUAUUGAAAGUCUCUCACCGACUGAUAAUCUUGGUGGUGUAAACUGGCGAGGUGCGAGCAUAUCACUUAGUGGACAAAAAGCACUCUGUGUCAAAGAACCAAGGCCUUUAUCUUCAAGAUGCCCCAGGGGCAGCAGGCUUAGUGUGUAUGACAAUGUUCCAGGAUCCCACUUGUAUGCCAGCACUGGAGAUCUUAUGGACUUGGAGAAAGAUGAUCUUUUCCCCCAUUUGGAUGAUGUAUUACAACAUAUCAAUGGACUUCAGCAGUCCGUUGACCACUGGUCAAAAGAUGUUAUGCCAGAAUUACAAGACGACAAUUUAUCGUUCCAAAUUCCCAUCCCAACAUUCCGGACACCAAACCCAGUAGCAUUAGACUUUGAAGGAAAUUCUAUAUCUGAUGGAAGAACAACACCGAGUGAUCUGGAAAGGGAUGCAGCCUCCCUAAAUGAGUCAGAUGCAACAGGAACAAGAGAAAGAAGAGACUCAGGAGUUGGAGCAUCUCUUACGAGAACAAAUAGACACUUGAGGUGGCACAGUUUCCAGGUCUCUCACCAGCUGAGCGGCUCUCUGGCAUCACUUCAGAUCAGUAACCAGUCUGCUGGCCAGCUCAACCUGCUGCAAAAGUUCUCCUUGUUACGACUGACCGCCAUCAUGGAAAAAUAUUCCAUGUCAAAUAAACAUGGGUGGACAUGGUCUGUACCAAAAUUUAUGAAGAGAAUGAAGGGUCCUGAUUAUAAGGAUAAGAAUGUUUUUGGUGUUCCUCUCAUGGUCCACGUGCAGAGAACUGGGCAGCCGAUGCCACAAAGCAUUCAACAGGCAUUGCGGUUUCUACGUAGCAACUGCCUUGAUCAGGUUGGCUUGUUUAGAAAAUCUGGUGUUAAGUCUCGAAUCCAGGCCCUGCGCCAGAUGAAUGAGAACAGUCCCGAGAAUGUAAACUACGAAGGCCAGUGCGCAUAUGAUGUGGCAGACAUGAUCAAGCAGUUCUUCAGGGACCUUCCCGAGCCCCUGCUUACCAGUAAAUUAGGGGAGACCUUCCUGCACAUUUACCAGUAUGUCCCCAAGGACCAGAGGCUCCAGGCAGUGCAGUCGGCCAUCAUGUUAAUGUCAGAUGAGAACCGCGAAGUUCUGCAAACGCUCUUGUGUUUUCUCAAUGAUGUCACCUCAGUAGAAGAGAAUCAGAUGACCCCAAUGAAUCUCGCUGUGUGUUUGGCGCCAUCACUCUUCCACCUUAAUUUAUUGAAGAGAGACAAUUCCCCCAGAGCCAUUCAGAAGAAGUAUGCAACAGGAAAGCCAGAUCAGAAGGACUUAAAUGAGAACCUGGCAGCUACACAAGGUCUGGCCCACAUGAUAAUGGAGAGUAACAAGCUGUUUGAGAUUCCCGAGGAAAUCAUAGCCCAGUCCCGGAAUUCAUAUGCAGAAGUUGAUAUCCAUGCUCCUACUAUGGAGGAACUGGUAAAACAGAUGGAGGAGGAAGCGGAAAGUGUCUGCAAAUACUUUGAUAAUGUCAUCCAGAAUCUUCAGAAAGAAUCCAAGGACAAGUUUAAGGGUUGGGUGUCUCUCUCCAGUACAGAGAACACCGACCUCACCUACAAAAAGGUUGGAGAUGGAAAUCCACUGAGGCUGUGGAAGGUGUCUGUGGAAGUAGAGGCUCCCCCUUCUGUUGUACUCAAUCGCCUGCUAAGAGAGCGCCACCUAUGGGAUGAGGAUUUUGCGCAGGCAAAAGUAAUAGAAACUAUUGAUAAUCAGACGGAAGUUUACCAGUAUUUAGUGGACUCUAUGGCUCCUCACCCAUCCAAGGAUUUUGUGGUGUUAAGGACAUGGAGGACUGACUUGCCAAAGGGAAUGUGCAGUUUGGUGGCAACCUCUGUGGAACAUGAAGAAGCCCCAGUAAUAGGAGGCGUGAGAGCCAUAGUUCUGGAAACUCGCUAUUUGAUCGAACCUUGUGGCUCUGGAAAAUCUAGACUGACCUAUAUUUGCAGAGUUGACCUAAAGGGCCACUGCCUAGACUGGUACAACAAAUGCUUUGGACACAUUUGUGCAGUAGAAGCUUUGAGGAUGCGUAACUCAUUUCAGCCACUUACAGCAGAAGGACCGGAAACGAAAAUCUGAAGAAUAUUCUACCCAAAGACUUUCUAUAGAACAACAGGAUCCCCGUUAUAUGAAGCCACAGUAACACUACCAUAUGGCAGCACUGUGCAUGUCCUGGGGGUCUCGGACUUAUGGAGUUAUCAGUGAUAACUGUUUUAAUUUAAUUGUACAUAGACCAUGUAAAUAUGUAUAUCUAUAUCUAUCUAUCUAUAAGAUAUUUUAACAGGACUCUAUGUGUAUACAGUGUAUGUAAAUUAAGUAUAUGAGUUAAUGCUUUCUGUGGAAGCUUUUUGUUUCGUAUUUCAUACCUUUUAUUUCACUUUGCGCACAUUGUUUAUAUACAUGUACAAAUGCUUGUAGACCUGACCACAAGUAUUAUUAUAUCCUGACAAUGGAAGUUGUGGUAUACUAUAUGCAGCAAUAAUACGGACACAUUACAUUAGUUGUCCCCAUCUGUAAUGCACUGCACUGUCUGGACCUUAUGGAGAAGAGGUACUUUGUAAAUAAGAGAAUAAAGAAUUGUCUUCAUGUUCAAAAUGU